AGAAUCGCUUCGGCCAAUAGGGUAAGUGUGUGGGUGGGGCUUAUGAGAUGUUUCUAUUGUAUCGCCGCCGUCGUCCAUGGAUUGACUUGUUUGUCGAGCAAGAUGGAGUUCCUUUUGGGAAAUCCGUUCAGUACCCCUGUGGGGCAUUGUAUUGAGAGAGCCACCGAUGGUUCCCUGCAGAGUGAAGACUGGACCCUGAACAUGGAAAUAUGCGACAUCAUCAAUGAAACAGAGGAUGGCCCAAAGGAUGCUAUUAGAGCGGUCAAGAAGAGACUCGGUGGCAACAGGAACUAUAGGGAAGUGAUGCUGACUUUAACAGUCCUUGAGACAUGUGUGAAGAACUGCGGUCAUCGUUUUCACGCUUUAGUGACCAGUAAGGACUUUGUUGAUGGCGUGCUUGUUAAAGUCAUCUCUCCUAAAAACAACCCGCCCACCAUCGUUCAGGACAAAGUGCUCGCUCUGAUCCAGGCGUGGGCCGAUGCAUUCAGGAGCAGUCCAGAUCUCACAGGUGUAGUUCAAGUGUAUGAGGAGCUGAAGAGGAAGGGCAUCGAGUUCCCCACAUCAGAACUGGAGACUCUGUCACCUAUACAUACACCUCUGCGGGCAGCAUCAGCUCCAGAGGGCGACUCCACUCUACAUCGGCACAGCACCAAGACUAAACCAGCAGCGCAACCUGUCCCUCCAGCCUACAGCAGCCCUCAGGUCCCCAACUUGCCUUCAUCUGGAGCCGUCAACCCGACCCCUGAACAGAUUAGCCGGCUCCGCAGUGAGUUAGAGGUUGUUCGUGGAAACACUAAAGUGAUGUCAGAGAUGCUGACUGAGAUGGUGCCAGGACAGGAGGAUGCUUCAGACUACGAGCUACUACAGGAGCUGAACAGGACGUGCCGAGCCAUGCAGCAGAGGAUAGUGGAGCUCAUCUCCUGCGUAUCUAAUGAGGCAGUGACUGAGGAGUUGCUGCAUGUAAACGACGACCUCAACAACAUUUUCCUCCGCUAUGAAAGGUAUGAGCGCUUUCGCUCCGGGAGGUCCACAGCUCAGACCGUCAACAACGGGCUGAGGAAGGUCCUCAGCGAAGCCACAGAGGACAACCUGAUUGAUCUCGGUCCAGGCUCCCCUGCGGUGGUCAGCAACAUGCCGAACGCAGCUCCAACCAACUUGCCCCCUACCCUGACAGGAGGACCCUCCUCCCCGGCCACCUUAGCCUCCCGUCUGGCUGGUUUAGAUCUGGGUGCAGACAGCGUGAGCAGCACCCUGAGCGCUCUCAGCAGCUGUAAGCCUCCGCCUCCACAGGACGACUUUGAUACGUUUGCUCAAACCAGGAGUGGAGCUCUGACAGAACCACACAGAACUUCUUCAGCACAGAACCCUGCAGCCGACGGUCCUCCUCCCACUCUGGACGUCCAGCAGCCGACUGCAGGAGGGGGUCCGGGACCUCAGUCCUCUGUCAUGGAUGACAUAGAGGAGUGGCUGAGUACUGAUGUGAAAGGAGAUGAAGGUGAGGAAGGCGUCACUAGCGAAGAGUUUGACAAAUUCCUUGAGGAGAGGGCCAAAGCUGCUGAGAUGACCCCCGGCGUACCAUCGCCCCCUGGCAGCAACCCCGGCGCAGCGCAGGGCACACCCAGCAGGAAGAAGCAGGAGAGACCGGAAGGUGCUCUGUUUGCCAUGUAGACCGUCAACCUUUGCCCCUCCCCCCAGACCCUGAACAGCAACGCCUGAAAUUGGACCUGUCCCCCGACCCAUCAUAGCACUACAUUGGCACAUGAGAAAGGCUAAAUCAAACAGAACCGGCGAGCAGGUGAUGGCUCCCAUCCGCUUGCCGAUUAGUUUCAGAGACGCUGGGGCUGCUGCUUCCUGGAUAGUUUCCUUUUAGGCCCGCUGUGGACUGCAGCUAAUGCUUUUUAGUUUCACUAAAACUUAAACAGGAUCCCUUAUAUUAGUUAUGCAGGACAUUUCUUUUUAGAUUCCUCCAGUCAGUGUUUGGUUUAAUUAUAGCUGACCAGUGCAGACUGCGCUCCUCAUCAGGGGAACCUGCACAUUAUGUUUUAGUGUUGCUUUCAGUCUCUGCAAACAAGUCUAAGUUGAUUUGUAAAUCUGUAAAUGGCAGAUGUUUGGUGUAUAUUUAAACUCCUUAUAUGGAAGAGAUGGUAAUUUAAUGUAGAUCUGUUCUUUUGUUUUUGGAAAGAGUUUAUGUUCUUAUCAGAUAUGUUUAAUAUCUCCAUGAUAGUCUGAGGAAAAAAAAAAAAAGAAAAGGGAAGAAGUUUGUAGUGGUUGCAGAAAUGAUGAUCUGCCUGGUUGUGUUUUGGUCCCAAACUGGGAGCAGUGGUUGGUUCUCCGACCACACCUAAAGCUGCUGUAUUCAAACGAUGCUGAACGAGCAAACUCACUGUCUGGCGUUCCUCUACACGCAGGCAGAGCCGACCCAAGGUUCCACUCAUCCCUGGGUUUCACUUUGGGUUCUAUUAGAGCGUAAUUCAUCCGAUGAAGUGGAAUAUUUAGAAAACAGAGGCUAGUUUUCUGUUUUCACCAGAGCAAAGGGAACACUUAGUAAUCAGCAUUAACAUGGAGCAUGGAAAGACUCGAUGUGAAAACAUGGCCAAGCUCUAAAACCUGACUGUUAAAACAAAGCGACUCGAAGCAGCUAAAACAUUCACUCACACCUUGGGCCGGCUCUCCGUUUUGUCCUAAAAUCCUGCUGAGGACCAAGUGUUUUAUGUCCUUCCUGUUGAGAUUAUUCCUGAUUUAGUGACUCUGUGAUGUAAGAUUUCAACAUCUCUCUUCCUCAGAUGCAGUUUGCACAUAAUUAUUCUGAUUUGCUUACAUCUUUAGAGGCCUGACCUUUCAACAUGACAUUUGUUUUCUGAAAUGAGCUCCACAGCAAAAAAAAAAAAAAAAAAGGCGCCACAAACGAGACA